AUGCAGGAGUUGGCAUCUUCCAUCAUUCCCAGAGUGAAGCUGACUUUACAGGCCUUGAACUGUGGGAGUUUUUUCCUUCAGUAUCCUGAAACUAUGGCAUGUUCAAGUGACUUGAUUGGAGUAGAAGAAAAGUGUUUCUGUUGUUCUAAUGAUACCAGAGAUUGGAUAGCCAGUAAUAGAUUUUGCAGUUCAUGGGGAUCAGAAUAUGCUCAUAUUGAUACACAAAAGGAUAUGGAAUUCUUGAAGAUGUGCACAGGAACUGCUAUGCACUGGGUUGGUCUGAGCAGGAGACUGGGAGAGCCUUGGAAAUGGACAAACUGUACCACAUUGAAUGACGGGUAAAUGUCCCAUGUCGUAGAAAAGCUUUUACUUUGGUGUUAACAUAAAAAUGUUGCAUCACUUUCAAGUGUAAUAUUAUAAAGACAUCUUCCUACUUUCUCAACAUCUCCAAUCUUUGAUAUGUGUCCUUUCAUGUUUAGGUACACCUUAGCACAACCCAGCUUCCUUGAACCUUGUUAUAUGAGACACAGGGAAAUUAUUUUCCAUUUUUAUUUUUAUUUUGUGCUCUUGCUAAUAAGUUCCAUUUUGAUCAUUUAACUUCAUCCACCAUAUCUAAUAUUCUUUAUUUUUAAUGUUUUAUAUAUGUAACUAUUACUUGGGAGAAUGUUGUCUCCUCCCCUAUAGUAUUUUCCUGAAAACAAAGUCUUUUCCACUCUCCUUUUGGAUCUAUGUAUUCCUCCUGAUGAUUAUUUCAGCAAGUGAUAAUUUUAAAAAGGGAACCAAUUAAUCAAAAGUGAAAUAUCUAACACACGACAAAUUAUACUUAGGGCACAGUAAGUUAAUCCUCCGUCUGCAACGCUGUCAUCCCACAUGGGGGCCAGUUCUAGUGCCGGCUGCUCCUCUUCCGAUCCAGCUCUCUGCUAUGCCUAGGAAGGCAGUGGAAGAUGGCCCAAGCUCUUGGGCCCCCACAUCCACCUGGGAGACCCAGAAGAAGGUCCUGGCUCCUGGCUUCAGAUUGGCUCAGCGCCAACUGUUGCAGCCAUUUGGGGAGUGAACCAGUGGAUGGAAGACCUUUCUCUCUGUCUCUCCCUGUCACUGUCUGUAACUCUACCUCUCAAAAAAAAAAAA